GGACAUCUCAGUCAACUGGCAUAAUAUAUAUGUUCCUAAAGUUAUAUUCUGCAUCCUAAUUUAAGUAGUGCCUGCCGUCAUAAGCACUUACAGGUAGCCAUCUAAGAUACAACUGUUGGUCUUUACUCAUUUAGAGUAAAUGUGAAAUCAGGACGUCAAAGACUUGAUGAUGAAACUAGUCUCCAGGACAACUAAUCUCCAGGAACCACAGCCCUGUCUCCCUUGAGAUCAGAAGCACUAGAUGGUGCCCAGCUACCACCACUAACCGUUUACUCAGGGCCACAGUCGAUGGGCCCUGAUCGAAGGGAAGAAAAUGUGGGCCAGAGCCUCAAAUGCUCAAAAGCACAAACAGAACCAGACCUGCUGGGCCGGUGGGAGACUGGAGGACUCCCUGAGGCUAUGAUUGCUUUGAGAUGGUUCUUCACACUUGAACUUUGAGGUUACUGACCCUACAAAGCUAAACAACAAAGCGACUCAAAAAGGUACUGGACUCCUUUAAAGAAUCACCUGUCUGAGACCAGACCAAAACCUAAACCAAACUCAAGGCAUGACAGAUGACAGGGUAGAACUGCCACGAAGUUCCAAGACCAGCUCUUUAAAGAAUAGAACGCCCAAUCUUUCUCCCAAGGAACGGCUCGUAGUUUUGAACAGCCGACCUCGAAGUUGGCAGUCCAUUACGUAACCACUACCCCACCAGGGCUCCUCUAAUACCAGAGGCUCACCAAGAACCUUAAAGACGAGGAUGUAAGGGAACAGGGAAACUAGACUGAUGGAAACAGAGCUAUCAGAACAGAAAUAAUGAGCAUGUGUUCACACAUUGCGAUGACGGCAGCCAAUGUCACCGAAUGAUGGGUGGAGAAAUCGCUGAGUGUGAACCUAAAUGUCUAGGCAAACCUUCCUGGGCAACAAUGAAAUAUGAGUGUGGGGGGUGGGGAGCCUUCUUAGGAGACCCCAGGGGUGUUUGUUUAGGUCUUCAGUGAUGAUCCAGGAAAUGUGUUUAAAGUAUGGAGUUCUGAGUCUUGUCUCCAGCUCCUAGGGUGAGUCACUGAUGUGGGGUUCCGGGUGGGAAGAGCCCCCGGUAAGCAAUGAGGAGAGGUGUCAAUGGUCGGAUUCAGGCAGUGCCCCAACCUACUUGGCCCUCACCUCUGUAUGGAGCUAGGCACCUGCAGGCCUGGGCAACAGGGCCCAACAGAGGACAGACAGAAUAAAUAGUGCUGGGUUCAAGUGACAGCUGCUGGGGUCACUAGCUUUGUGGCUGUGACGCGUCCACAGAGCUCUUAGGACCUCACGUGGCUCUUCAGUAAAAGGAUGGGGUAGCUCAGGAAGUUGUGUGUGAGUUAAGCAAGGUAACCUGCUGCACAAAGUUCGUGGCUGGAGAAGACUUGAUAAUGAUUCUUAUAUCAUUCGGUCCUCACCCAGCCCUAUGAGGUAAGUACCAUUGUUAUCUCCGUUUUUUCAGGUGAGCAACCUUAGCUCCUGAGACAUGAAGUAAAUUUGCCCGAGAUCACCUCAGCUAGGAAAAUGAUGAAGGCAAGAUUCGAAGCCAGGCACCACCGUCCUGGGCCUCAGUCCCCGUAUCUGUGAAACGGGGCUUCCAGCAGGCAGCCCGCCCCUAGAUAGCCUAGAAGAGAGGUAGUGAGCACUCAUCCAAGGAGGUGGAGGAAAGCUCCCGUGGAAACAGCUGUGGAAUUCAAACCAUGGGGAAGGUUGGAUCUUUGGUGUGAUGGGAACCCUGGGCCUUCUUUGUUGUUGUUGUUGUUUUUCCUAGUAAUUCUUGAUCAGAGGACAGACAGAGUGCAUCACACGGUGCUUUAGGGAAAAGCAUGAGCUAUGGUGUGUGGGAAAGAGGGGAAGUUGACGUUGGGCCAUCAGGCAGGAGAGUAGAGCUGCUGAGGCUGCCCUCAACCCCGGGACUCCUGUCGAGUCACUGAGCUCUUCCCAUCGUCCUUUCUUGGGGCGAGGGGGCCUUGCACCUCCAGAGGCUUAGGUCUCGGCAUAGCUCGGCUCCAGUCGCCUCUCAUGUCCCCUGCCUUCCCUCAGCCUCAGAAACCACCACCCCAGACAGGCACAGAUGAGAGAAGAGCACUCAUUUCCCUGAGCUCUCUGGCAGCAAGUUGCCCACAUGGCUGGAAGUAGAUCCCAGAGCUCCCACUGUCCACUUAGUGGCUCUAGGGAUAUCUAGUGCCCCUCCCCUUUCCAGACCACUAUUUCCCCCACCUCCUCCCGCAGCACCCCCAGCUGCUACCAAGUCCUCCCUAAGUGGAUCAGCCAUAAUCCUCUUCCCUUCAUCCCUGGAAGGAUGAGCCGGUGUUACACUAGCACAGCCACCAAUCCUAUUUCCUCCAGACCAUGAUCCUCCACCCGGAGCUACUGGCUGGAGAGUCUGGGCUGAGACCAAGAAAGUAGGGGUCUCAGAGCCAGGUAUGUCAAUAUCAGAUUCCAGGAUUGUGACUCCGAGCCUUCUGACGGCCAGGGAUGGCUCAGGCCCCUCUGUAAGACAGCUCUCCGUUGACAGAGGUCUGGGAACAGGAGGCAGACAGGGCUUCCAGGAUUCCUGGCUUAGGUGGGGUCCCUUACAGCUGUGGGAGGCCAGAAAACUACAGCUGCUGCUACAAGGGCUUAACCAACCCAAGGGAAAAGACAGAGCACAUCUGCUGGUGACCUGGAGCUGCCAGGCAGACGGUGCCACCCUCUUAUCACUGGGUGACCAGCAGGCUGGUGCCCCAUCUGGGUAUACUUCCUGCUUGUCACAGGCAUUGGACACCGAUCAAAAGGUUGAUGGUGAGGCAGGUGGAGUCUUGGCCCUCUGGGAACCGUACCACAGUAUUCUGGAGACAUCCAGGGGUUCCAGGUGGACACUGUGGUGCCCUAAUGUAACUUUCUUUCUCCAAUAAACAGACCAGAGGGAACGUGAAUGUAAGGUGUCAGAGCCCUUGGGAAAGGGGGUGUGUGUGUGUGGGGGGGCCUGGUUCCGGCUGAGCCACAGCCCUGGGUGGGAAUUGCAGAGCAAAUGGGAUUGCCUCUGAGGCCGUACUCAGAGAGGCCUGAGAGCCUGGUGCAGGGACAGUCUGGCCCCUCUCUAAUUUUGCCUCUCUCGCAGAAGCCCCGCCCACUAAGGUCAUGGAGGCGGAGUCUGCAGAGGCCCAGUCUCCAGCUGCUGGCUACAAGCGCGCGGGCCGCCGCUACAAGUGCCUGUCCUGCACCAAGACUUUUCCAAACGCACCCAGGGCAGCGCGCCACGCUGCAACGCACAGCUCUGCCGAUGGCAAAGAGGAGGUGGCGGAGGCAAAGUCAAAGCCGGAGACAGAGCCCAAGCCAGAGGAGGCCCGCGGGGACAAAGGGUCGGGUGCAGCUGCUAAGCCUCGGCCCUACGCGUGUCCACUGUGCCCCAAAGCCUACAAGACGGCCCCCGAGCUCCGCAGCCACGGGCGCAGCCACACGGGCGAGAAGCCCUUCCCGUGCCCCGAGUGUGGCCGCCGCUUCAUGCAGCCCGUGUGCCUGCGCGUGCACCUGGCCUCGCAUGCGGGCGAGCUGCCCUUCCGCUGCACGCACUGCCCCAAGGCCUACGGCGCGCUCUCCAAGCUCAAGAUCCACCAGCGCGGCCACACGGGCGAGCGGCCCUACGCCUGCGCCGACUGCGGCAAGAGCUUCGCAGACCCCUCGGUGUUCCGCAAGCACCGGCGCACGCACGCCGGCCUGCGGCCCUACAGCUGCGAGCGCUGCGGCAAGGCCUACGCGGAGCUCAAGGACCUCCGCAACCACGAGCGGUCCCACACCGGGGAGCGCCCCUUCCUGUGCUCCGAGUGUGGAAAGAGCUUCUCGCGCUCCUCCUCGCUCACCUGCCACCAGCGCAUCCACGCGGCGCAGAAGCCCUACCGCUGCCCGGCCUGCGGCAAGGGCUUCACGCAGCUCAGCUCCUACCAGAGCCACGAGCGCACCCACUCGGGCGAGAAGCCCUUCCUGUGCCCGCGCUGCGGCCGCAUGUUCUCCGACCCCUCCAGCUUCCGGCGGCACCAGCGGGCGCACGAGGGCGUGAAGCCGUACCGCUGCGAGAAGUGCGGCAAGGACUUCCGGCAGCCGGCCGACCUGGCCAUGCACCGGCGCGUGCACACGGGCGACCGGCCCUUCAAGUGCCUGCAGUGCGACAAGACCUUCGUGGCGUCCUGGGACCUCAAGCGGCACACGCUGGUGCACUCGGGCCAGCGCCCCUUCCGCUGCGAGGAGUGCGGGCGGGCCUUCGCCGAGCGCGCCAGCCUCACCAAGCACAGCCGCGUGCACUCGGGGGAGCGGCCCUUCCACUGCAGCGCCUGCGGGAAGUCCUUCGUCGUCUCGUCCAGCCUGCGGAAGCACGAGCGGACCCACCGCAGCAGCGAGGCGGCCGGGGCACCGCCCCAGCAGGAGCUGGUCAUGGGGCUGGCCCUGCCGGUGGGCGUGGCGGGGGAGGGCCCGGCCGCCCCCGCUGCCGCCCCGGGGCUAGGCGACCCUUCAGCUGGGCUGCUCGGGCUGCCCUCGGAGCCGGGUGGCAUGAUGGCCACGCAGUGGCAAGUGGUGGGCAUGACGGUGGAGCACGUGGAAUGCCAGAACGCUGGCAUCGGGGAGGCCUCCGGCCCCCUGGCGGGGUCUGGCGAAGUGGCUUGUGGGGAGGUGGACGAGAAGCCACCGCAGUUUGCCUGCCGGGAGUGCAAGGAGGCCUUCUCCACGCUGACUUUACUGCGGCGCCACGAGCGCUCGCACCCAGAGCUGCGGCCCUUCCCCUGCACCCAGUGCGGCAAGAGCUUCUCCGACCGGGCCGGCCUGCGCAAGCACAGCCGCACCCACAGCUCCGUGCGCCCCUACACCUGUUCCCACUGCCCCAAGGGCUUCCUGAGUGCCAGCGACCUGCGCAAGCACGAGCGCACCCACCCCGUGUCUGUGGGGACCCCCACCACGCCCCUUGAGCCCCUCGUGGCUCUGCUAGGUAUGCCUGAAGAGGGACCAGCCUGAGGCCCGCCCCCAUGCCCUGCUCCCAGCCAAGGGCCCACUGGGCGCCUCUCCACUCUCCUUUUGCCCCAGCUUAGACGCCAUUUCCCUGCCCCAGGGCAGCUCCUUCACCAGGGCCGCGCUGUGAGGACUGGAGGGGCCCCGAACAACACUCAUUAAAGCAUUUGUUUAAACA